AUGACUUCGCAAGUUGUGUGGCUGUCUUCGUUUGGAGAUGGCAAAAGAGAUGUUUCAGGCUCAGGCCACAGGGUGCAACACAAAUGGAUCAAUGAAGAGGCCAUUGGUGAUCCAUAUGUAAAAUCCAGUUUACAAGCUUAUGAACAAAGCAAUGAUUUGGAAGAAGGUGCCGUCCUGAGUCGCUUUGUUUCAGGAAAUGAGGUGGUAGGCUUGGUUUGGCUGGAACCUCUAGCUGAGCACCAUGCCCUCCUACCCCUAUCGUUAGAGAUGCAGGCACAGUUCAACACAUGGAACAAUUUGGGUGAUGGUGGCGCAUUGCACGGAGAUUUGUUUUAUUUCAAUGUGUUGAAGGCACAGCCACUUCUGCAUCGACUUUCUUUGAAGGAUGCAGAGACCAAGUCAGGGCGGUCAACAUGUUUUUUUCAUAUGAACGAUGUUUGGGCACAGCGUUUUUUUGCCACAAAUGUUCUUGGGGUUGAUGAAGCUACCUUGAACGUUUGGCGUGAUCUCAGUGGAGGAAAACUUCCAACCCUGGCGCUCAAAGUGCCCAAGCCAAUUGCUUUUCUCAUUGCCAAUGGCUGUUGGACCAAGCUAGCUCUCCCAGGGCAGUUGAGCAACAUGGAUUUGAAAGCAGGUUGGCAUGUGAAACACAUUUUGAAGGCCGACAGAUCCAACGAUCUGGCGAAACUACGGGAUUCCUUUUUGUUUCUCCCUUCGCAUGAGUUAGCCACAGCUUCCAACAAUGCACAGGAGGACUUUUUCAACAUAUCUUCCGUGAAAGGUAAAGAACGCAUGCUUGAAUUCCUCCAAUCAGUUCAUUCAAUGUUGUUCCAGGAUGCCCGGCCUCCGGCCCCAGAAGCCAGGAGGAAUUUGCAACUUCAGUUGAUGACUGCCGCCAAAACUUUGCAGGUUGACCAGUUCCAAGUGCUCGAUUUCAGACGGCAGCACGAUGUCAUUUUAACUAAACGCCGCAAGUAUCCCGCGAUCAGGUUGCUGCACUUUUUUUGGGUGGCCGGCUCAUUGCAUCAUGACCAGGAAUUGAGAGACAUGCUCAGACAUGUGUGCCUUGUAGCGUUGCCACCAGAAAUAGGAGUUGAGGCAAUUUCCUUUAUAGAUGGAAAUGAUGGGGGCACGUUGAGACUGCCAAGUGCAGCAACUGUGUCAAGGGUGAGGGCUAGGUUGGACGUGGCUUGGACACUUCUAAUGAGAUGUUGGGUCAUGGAAAGACUACGCCAGGGCGGGGGUCGUGGACUCAGAGUGUUUGCUCAAACUGAUGCAACUUGGCAGGCUAAGCAAGAGUACCAAGUGACGGUGCUUAAUUUUGUGGAUGCAGCGGACCUGAAGCUCUUGCACCAGGACAGAGAUUCUCCGAGAAGAGCUGAGGAGAGGGGCAAAAGGAAAGUCUCUUUGAGCAGUGGGUCCUCUGAGCGUGAGGAUGCUGCGGCGCCUCAGCUUGCCAGCAACAAGCCGCGGCUUGAUACUGGUAAGGUUGUUUCCCGCUCCCCAGGUCGAGAUGACGACUCUUACACCUAUGAUACAACUCCAGAACAGGAGAAGAAUGAGAAGAAGGAGAAAAAGGAGAAAGAGUCUCGGAGGGAGGCUAGGGCGCCAAAUGCAAAGGAUGUGAGAGAUAGAGAUCGACGUUCGAAGGUCCCUUCCAAGAACGUGCAGGAUCCCUCCAACAAAGAUGAUGAAGAGGGCAUGAACUGCCCCAUAUGCAACAAAUGGUUGAAAAACCGAUAUGAGGCAUGGAAGUCACACCAGAAGACCAGUGUCCGUUGUGCAACUCGGAGGGGUGAGACUGACACAAGGACCAUCAUGACAAUCGCGACCAUCAUGGCAAUGGUGGGCGCUUUGAAGAUCGUGAUGACCGUGACCGCCACAGCGGACGGAGGUGACUUUUGCGAUCGGUGCUUGCAAAAAAAUUGGCUGAGCUUGGACGCCGAAACAUUCAGCUUUGGCUAUGGUCCACCGUGUGCCCGGGCCCGCGGGCUGGCAAGCCCGCGGCGGGCCCGCAAAGGCCCGCGAAGGCCCGCGAAGGAAAUCCUUGAGCUGGACAACUAUAUGUCCCAAGAUUGGGAGGAGAGGCUGCAAACUGGAUGUUUUGAAGCUGAUCAGGCGUGCAUGAAGAGAAUUGCAGACCGUAUUGUUUGGCAUGUUGCCCCCAUCAUCAUGCUGGCUCAUUCACGCACAAAUCUCCCGGCAAAAACAAGGGUCUUUUUGCACACGCUUGCUCUCCUUUGCUCUUCACGCAGUGCGUUGUGUGAACUCUGUGACUCUGUUGUAAGUCUGCACACCGACUAUGGGACUGAAAAGGGGAUCAGCCGGAUUUCAGACUGCACGCUGGACCUUUUUUUACCAUACAUGCAUGCUGGAGAAGAGGAAACUGGGAAGGGAGAUUCUGAGAUGUUUGCUGAGGAGUUUCCCGCCCAUGACGUUGACGAUGCUUUUGUUGAUGUGGAGUUGUGCCAGGAUGUUGAUGAGGGCGUGGUAUCUUUUGAUUCAUGCCUUGAAGGGCCCGACAUGAUGCAUAUCAUUCAUAAUGCCACCAACUAUUUGGAAGAUGUUGUGGACUGCUAUGCCCCAACAAUAGCAGCCCUCAAGUCCAUUUGUUCACUUUUGGCUGGCCGGGAGAGCAAGCAGCAAUUGAUCAAAACAUGUUUCCAGGCAGGGCCUUCCAUCGCAUUUGCUGAAGAAAUCAAAUCUUUCAACAUCACUGUUCAUGAAAAGCGAUGGAACACGAUAGCUAGUGCCAUAGAAGAGAUCAACAACUUGGAGCCAGCGUUGAGAAAUCACUGGAAUUUGGCACUAUUUAUUGGGAAGGGGGAUGCUGCUACUGCAGGGGGUGAAGGGGAGGCUCCAGUUCACAGGCCAGGUGGAGACUCUGAGGAGUUCGGGGUCAACUUGAAGGCUGUAGAUGAUGCUUUGUGUUCUGAUGUCUUUUGGGGUUCAAUCAAAGUGUUGCUGCAAGUGGCAGUUGUCCAACGCCAAGCUGUUCGCUUUGUGAAUGGCUGCCCGUGCCAUGAUGGGUUGCUUCAAGCCACAGACAGCGCAGAUGUAAAGGCAAUGUGUGAAAGCUGCCCCCUUCGGGGACGGCGGUGUGCUGAGCUUGCUGCGGGAAAUUUUUUUGACUUGUUGGAAUCCCUGUUCCGAAGCAGCGCAACAGCUUUGGAGCUCAAGUUGCCCAGGGGCUUGGCAAAAGACCAAGUCUUGCAGUUGAUGAAAGACUUUGAAAUGUGCAGGCGGCAUUUGAUUUCCACAUAUGUUUUGAAACUGAGCUUUUGGGCUCAACCUCCACAUGCAUUGGCCGGUCUUGCCCAUUGGGACCCAAGGGUUCGCAGUGAGUGUUUACGUAAGUGCGUGGAGUCAAAUUCUGACCAUCCAAAAAUACAAACGGUGAAGCAGAACAUGGACGCUGUUCAUGAGUUUUUGGAAGCAGGAGGCGUGUGGCUGGACACUUGGGUACUAGAGCCUCUGAAGAUGCUUGCUGGUGAAAUGCGGUUGAUGUUUACAUCAGCGUGGAGGGUGGAAGGGCAGCAUGCCCGCACAAAGAGAGCUUCUCAGCGUGCGCCCCACCAUAGUGCUGCUUACACAAGUUUGUCCCAUCGAUUGCCUGAGAUCAGAGCGCACCUUCGUGCUCAUCCAGAGUCCGCUACCCAGAUAGCCGAUCUCAUGGAUGGUGUACCGAAUGGUCGUGCUGCUGCUCAGAAGUUGGGGUUUUCAAAGGACUUGCUUGGAAAGUGUGGGUGGGUCAGCCCGAAGACAUUCCAAAAGAAAAGCGUGGGUUUCGGGGUUAUUUACCAUGAUGAUCCUUUUUGCAAAUAUUCGUUAGAAGUACCGAGACAUGUCCAGAAAAAGGUGGUGAAGGCAAGGGAGAUUGUGGUAGAACCUUUACCUUUGGAAGAUGAUUUGCAGCAGGGCAGUGUGGACUUGCGCCGAUCCCUAGCUUUGCAAGAUAUCCGCAAAGCAGUUUCUGCCAAGAUGUUUUUCAGCAUGAAGUUCAACAAAGCCAUGGUCCGAUCGUUGCAGUCUCUGCUAGCUCCUGUUGCUUCCUCAGCCCAUAGAGGUGGAUCACUAGAGUGGGAACCUGCGUCUGGCUCUGAAGCCUUGGUGAUAUCGGAGAGAAUAAACGAUUUAGGUUUGCUGGCUUCCUUGGCAGACUUGUUGGAUGGUGCCGGUGACGCCUUAGCACGUGAGUUUGUGAUGGCUUCUGCUUUGCACUUAAAUCCCAGCCGCUUUCGCAGGACUCAUGUGGAGGGAGAGGCAGCUAUGACAGGAAUGUGGUUGGUCCAGCUGCACAGCAUUCUGGGCAUAGAUCCUAAAAAGAAGGAGAUCACUGUUUCGAUUGCAGCUGCAGAUCUGGGAGGUGAUGACUGUGCAAGUUCACCGCUUGCACUGCAUGUCAACCAGCUCAGUUUGUCUGAGCUUCUGCGCAUGCAUCAGUGGGUGGCCAAGGAUGAUGCAAUUCUUCACCGGUUUGACAACCAGUUCAUGUCAACCCUGCCACAGAACAAGCGUUGGGCUGUCUUGGAAGCUGUGCGCUUCUUGAUGAAAUAUCCUGAUGGCUUAGCUGUCACUCUUGAUAUGAAAAAAGAUGUGGUUGAUGCGUUAGGUGACUUGUCUGAAGCAGGGCUUGUUGCUGGGCCACCUUGGCGGCUGACUGAUUUAGCCCAUCAGCGACUCAAGCAGUGCGUCAUCUUGCAUUCAGGAAAGCCACUUCUGGGAAGACAUCAUGGCCCAAUGCACGAAGCAUCUACUUUCCAGUUAGUCUUGGAAUUGGAUUCUCAUGGCAUGUCACACGAAGUGGUGACGGCGAAGAAGCACAAGCAACUCAAGAGGGAAAAGUUCAAGCACGUGGGCGAGGACAUCCGGUCAGGCAAAAAGGAUGCCAAAACUUGGUACACACAUGAGGGUCGCUGCACUGUGAGCCACUUCUAUUUGCUCGGUUUGGUUGAGAUGUGUGUUCAUGACGGCUCUCCAGGCCGGAUCCAAGAGAUGCUUUAUGGACAGUCUGACGACUACUACAAAAAGGUUUUGGGGCUCCAAGAUGGUGAGGUCCAAACGAAACGGCCUAGACAGCAAAGAUUGAAGUUUGGCCAUCUUUCAGAUGAGGUGUGGCCCAGCGAAAAACCAGAAAAACCAAAACGAAAGAGCGAAGGCAGGAAACCCACCACCACCAAGAAAGCAAAGUUAGAUACUGGCCCAGUUGUUUCAGGGCAUGAUGAUGCUGAGGCUGGGGGUAGUGAGAUGGAAAUCGAUGCUGUGCUUUCCGGGGUUGGUUCUCUUGCUUCGUCCAGUGAUGCAGCCGGCUCUGGGAGUGACGCUGAGGGCUGCCCAGAAACACGGCCCGGCUCGGUGGCAGUGGCAGAGCCUGUCGCUUCUCAGGCUGAACCUCCUCUUCCUCCUCCAUCUGAACCACCACCACCCUCUGAGGUGGCUGGUUUGGACAAGUCAAAUGAUGAGGGUUCGGGGCCAGCUGGAUCAGCAGUGCCAAAGGCGGCUGUGAAAGCAAAGGCGAAGCCAGCUCCAAAGGUGAAAGGGCCCAAAGUGACAGACCGAUCUUUUUAUUGGGGUGAUCACCUGAUCACGCCUGUGGGUCCUCCAGGUGAAGAUCCAAAGAAUUAUCAGAUUCGAUGUGCCAAGGCUUCUCACAAUGUGGAACGGGCAUGCACCAAGAAGCGUGCUGUGACAUUUGGUGGUGCUGACACUGUCCUCCUGUGUUUGAAGUAUUGGGCAAGUUUGGGAUGCAAUUGUGACAAUGCUACUGAUCACUGGGCCAUGUGGGACUCUGACGUGAUUCCUGCGUGGAGAUCUGGAACCCUUCCUGCUGAAGCUGAUUUGAAUAGCGCAGCUUCCUGA